AUGGCGGCGGCGGGCCUGCUGCUCGUGCUGCUGGGGCUGUGCAGCGGCCGCGCGGCCGCCGGGCAGCUCCGCUACUCGGUGCGGGAGGAGCUGCCGCACGGCGCCUUCGUGGGCAGCGUGGCGAGCGACCUGGGCGUGGAUCCGCGGCGCCUGGCGGCACGGGGAGCGCGGCUCACCUCGGGCAGCGGGCGGCACUACCUGGAGCUGGAGGCAAAGCGCGGGGUGCUGCUGGUGCGGGAACGCAUGGACCGGGAGGUGCUCUGCGAGCUGASCCCUUCGUGCUUCCUCAACCUGGAGCUGAUCAUUGAGCAGCCCAUCGAGGUGCACAACGUGGAGGUGGAGGUGCUGGACAUCAACGACAACGCGCCACGCUUCCCUCGCCAGGACUACCGGCUGGAAAUAAGUGAGUCUGCUGUGCCCGGGGCCCGCUUCCACAUCGAGAGUGCCCAGGACCCUGACGUUGGUACCAACUCCGUGCAGAGCUACCAGCUCAGCCCCAGCCACCACUUUGCCCUGGAUCUCAAAGGCUUCCAGAGGGGRAGCAAACUCCUAGAGUUGGUGCUGCAGCAGCCACUGGACCGGGAACAGAGUGCCCUGCAGCAGCUGGUGCUCACUGCUGUGGAUGGUGGGGACCCCCCCAAGUCUGGCACAGCCCAGAUCUCUGUACGGGUUGUGGACACUAAUGACAACCCACCUGCCUUCGAUCGCUCUACUUACACCGUGAGYCUCCUGGAGAAUGCCCUACCUGGCACACUAGUAGUCAAGCUCAAUGCCUCAGACCCUGAUGAGGGCUCCAAUGGGGAUGUGAUCUACUCCUUUGGCAGCUACACACCGCAGAAGGUGAGACAGCUUUUUAGUGUGGACCCACGCUCGGGGGAGGUAAGGGUUAAUGGUACCUUGGACUAUGAAGAAGCAUCUUUUUAUGAGAUCUAUGUGCAAGCCACUGACCAGGGCCCUGUCUCCAUGGCUGGGCACUGCAAAGUGCURGUCAACAUUGUGGAUGCUAAUGAUAAUGUUCCUGAGGUGGAGCUGACUUCCCUGUACAGCCCAGUACCAGAGGAUGCAAAGGCAGGAACUGUGGUAGCCCUGAUGAGCGUCACUGACCAGGACUCAGGACUGAACAAGCAGGUGGGCCUGCGUAUCCCCCCUGGCCUCCCCUUCACCCUCAACUCCUUCAAGAACUCCUAUACCCUGGUCACUCAGGGCAACCUGGACCGUGAGAAGGCAGCAUCCUACAACAUCACAGUUACGGCUACUGAUUCUGGGAGGCCCCCUCUCUCUUCCCAGAAGGUGAUCCACGUGGAGAUCUCUGACAUCAAUGACAACCCCCCACACUUUGAGGAACCUGCGUACUCAGUUUACAUACCUGAGAACAACCCCCUUGGGGUCUUACUGUGCACUGUCAAAGCCACCGACCCGGAUGUUGCCAAAAAUGCCUAUGUAUCCUAUUCUCUACUGGAUGGGGAGAUCGAAGGGCUACCUGUCACCUCCUAUGUCUCUAUUAAAUCGGAUAGUGGUAACAUAUAUGCUGUCCACUCCUUUGACUAUGAGACACUAAGGGAGUUCCAACUAGUUGUCCAGGCUCAGGAUGCUGGGAUCCCACCACUGAGCAGCACAGUCACUGUCUACAUUUAUGUCACAGAUGAAAAUGACCAUGCUCCACAGAUCCUGUAUCCUACCUCAACCAACACUUCAGCAGCCCUGGAGAUGAUCCCACGCUCAGCAAAUGCUGGAUAUUUGGUAACCAAAGUUAUAGCUAUUGAUGGGGACUCAGGGCAAAAUGCCUGGUUGUUUUUCUACCUGGUACAAACCUCAGACUCAGAUCUUUUCAGAGUGGAGCUCCAUAGUGGGGAGAUUAGGACUACUCGCAAACUGGGGGAAGAGAGCKCACCUACUUUCAACCUGACGGUGGAGGUGAGGGACAAUGGAGAGCCAGCGAUGUCUUCAUCAGUGGCCAUCAAUGUUGCUGUGGUGGACAGAGUUUCCAAAAUCAUCCCUGACACAAGAAGGCACGUUAAAAGUACGAGGAAUUACUCRGAAAUCACUCUUUAUCUCAUUAUCGCUUUGAGCGCCAUCUCCUUCGUUUUCCUUUUCGCAAUUAUUGGGCUUAUUAUUAUCAAGUGCUACAGAUAUAGUCUGUAUGGGGACUCCUGCUGCGCCGGUUUCUGUGGGGUCAGAGAACGGUGCCCUGCUGAAAUGUAUAAGCAGGCCAACAACAACAUUGACACUAGGUUGCCCCCCGGUUUAAAAGUGCAGCCCCAUUUCAUUGAAGUGAGGGGCAACGGGUCUCUCACUAAGACCUACUGCUAUAAGGCAUGCCUAACUGCAGGAUCGGGAAGUGACACUUUUAUGUUUUACAAUACCUGUGGCCCAACAGGAACUGGUCCCUCUGCAGUGAUGGCUGAGAGGCAUCUGACAGGACAGAGUGGGCAAAGUGCACAAAACCUGAUCAUACUUAAAAAUGGCUCCAUUACUCCUAACGAGCCAAAACACCCMAAUCCUGACUGGCGUUACUCUGCGUCCCUAAGGGCAGGAAUGCAAAGUGCUGUGCAUAUGGAGGAAGCAGGAAUCUUACGUGGAGGACCAGGAGGGCCUGAUCAGCAGUGGCCAACAGUCUCCAGUGCUACUGCAGAGCCUGAGGCGGGAGAGGUGUCCCCCCCAGUGGGAGCUGGUGUGAACAGCAACAGCUGGACCUUUAAAUUUGGACCCGGCAAUCCCAAACAAGGUGGUCCUGAAUCUAAAAAGCAGACACAAGUUUCCUUUCUCCUACGCCGAAAAGGAGAAUCUUCACAGUACAGCCAGUGAGAGGUUGGACUCUCUGCACUGUGGUUCCUGUGCUCCUGUCUUGAUGACACUCAUAGACAGGUUUAAAAGUUUUAAUAUUGUGCAGCCUAUAUCUGAUUGGAAAUAUAUGUGUGCAGAUGUCAGCUAGGUGAUGUGAGAUCAGAUUAUGAGAUGCAAGAAGAGCUGAUAAAUACGCAACAGAGGAAACACCUAAUGAACCAAAAUGUUCAAAGAUGUUCGGGCUGGGAAGGAAAUGUCUGAAAGGAGAUGACCAGACUUUUCAAAUCUUGAGAAGUAGCUGUGUGGGAAUACUGAAUCCUGUACAUGACGUAUUGUACACACUCCUGCAAAUCAAACCUCACAUUUACAGCUCUUUAAUAUACCGUAAAUUAUAUCUCUGACCAAGCCAUUGGGAAUAUUAUCCCUUAAAGCCCUGCAUUAUGCUGGCAAGGCUAGCCCUCAGAGUGUAAGAAGGGCAGGGCUGACAUCCCAGGAAUGUAACUGACUGUGAUGCUCUGUGUCCCUAUUUCCACUCUAAUAUUAUUUUGCACAUUAUGUCUCUGAAAAAAGUCAGAGGUUUUCCAUGACACUUAUGCAAAAGAGAGAGAGAAAAGAAACAUGUUAACUAUGCUAUUUGUUGUUUGAGAUAUUUAUUUAUAAAGAAAUAUAGCUGUAAAUGUAAAAAAAAAAAAAAAAAAAGCCCUUUAACCCAAACAAAAGUCAGACUAGAGCCAUUAUAAAUUAAAUUGCUGCUAUUAAAGUGCUUUAGAAAAAUUGCCUGAAACAUCUGUAUUAUAUCGGCCACUUGCCAAUAACAGCUUUAUUCUGUCGGGUCACUUGGGGGCUGCCUCUUGCAUGUAUUAAUAAAUACAGUAAUUUUUUUUGCAUUAAUAUGCACUUUGAAUACACAUUUGCAAAUGAACUGUCCUAAUAUGAAGAAAUAAAAGCAAACUCCUCACACAAAUGGAUUUACUAGCCUGCUAGCUCUGUGCAGUACCUUGGUGUUACCUCCCACAAGCCCUUUUCUGAUUUUAGUUUUACUUUUAUAUGAGAUUAUGAAUUGCUGACCCUACUAACACUCAUUAUGUAAAAUUCAAGUACUGUAUGUAUGCUGUAUGCUCUUAUAAGAAUCCUGAAAUAUUUAUUCUGUGCUUGUGUAUGUGAAUGUCAAUGCAACUAUUAUUAGGGUGGACAUUAAGCUUUACUGUUGAAUGUAAAUC